AUGCCCAUUUUAAGCGAGGUAUGCGACUUGAUUGUGAAGCAUGCCGGUGGUGUGACCUUCGAACCUUACGUUACAUACCUGCGGAAUCAAGCCUACCAAAUGGCGACUUUAAGAAAAUUAUGUCAGCGUGAAAGCUUCCGAGACGCCUUGGAUGCACUGCACUCAAACCCAAUCAGUGGAAAGCAUUCCAUUAAUUCCUACCUAGCGCUGCCAAUGCAACGGCUUACAAGACUCAAGCUUCUGGUGGAGGUAAUCCGAAGACUUCAGGAUACAAUAGUUGAGGAUGCAGCCAAGGCAGAUUUUACCAAACGACCGUUAAGAGUGCCCACAGACCGCCAGCGAGAAAAUGUUCAGUUAGCACUCGGCGAACUCUGUCGUUCUUCGUUGGUUGGUUGUGGAUUUGACAUUAAAUUGCAUAAACUGCUUUCGAUUUUUGAAGAAAUAUUCCAACUAAUAUUAUUCCUGCCCCAUCUUUUCUCUCUCCACAGUCACGUGUUUAAAAGCUGGUGCAAAGCAUUCACAAUCAGUACAGAAAGAGUUGAUGGUAGUUUUUCGCAGUCUGACAACAAACCAUGUCUCACCAAUCAAUCACUUUCAAAAUCAGAUUCAGACAAAAACGACGCAACGAUGCAACGAAGUGUGACUGUCCACAACAUUCAAAAGCACGAUGCUUCAUCACCAUCGCAUAAAACAAAUUCGGUCGCCACUAUCAAAGUAAAACAAUGAACGUGAACAGUACACAAUUUUCGCAGUAGCACGAAUAUUUCCUAUCUUUAAAGCUACCUUGACGAAUCGCUUUUUUCAACGCUUUUCUGUCAAGCGUCAAAAAUGCAAAAGCGCCUUACUUUGGUGGUUACACCAGGUGUAAAAUAUGUCAACGUCUUCCCUCAUAUAUAAAGACAAUAAUAUAAAUUAUGCCAUUAUCUUCACCGUGCCACCUGGAUAAACCAUACGUGUGUUGAGAGACAAGAAGUUUACUCUCUUCGUUUUCAACACUUAUCCACAUCUCUAUGUCCCAAAUAUUUUACUGGAACAAUUUGUUCAGUAGAGUCGACGGCGUUACAGAAAACUGCAAACUGUUAUUUGUCUACGAAAGUAGACAGAGAUUGAAUAGCUGCACAGAUUCACAAAGCAAAAGUUGAUAUUUCACCGUUUUGCAAACACAUACACAUACCUCCCUUAGCAUGUGGGAGUUGUUACUAUUUGUCAACACGCAACAUGUCGGAGAACUCAUGUGUACAUUGUAAUUUAGUAAAUUUUCUUCAUACAUUUUUAGAUAUAAAUGCCAUUAAGGCAGUACGUCACAGUUGACAAAUAACACAUCUGGAG